AAAGAAGAAAGAAAGAAAGAAAGAAAGAAAGAAAGAAACCACGUUCAAAGGCAGCAUUCCUAGUGUGUUCAUAGAUAUUCAAUAGGUGCUAUGUGAAAAAGACAUUCUUCCUAAUGAGAAGAAAAGCUAGUAAAAACAAGAGAAAAGUAGCUGGACCUUAGUACACCACUUUCAGAAGGUUGCCAAGACCAGACCUGGACCUAAGUGUUUGCAGUAGGCAGAGCGUGAACACCUACCUCUUCAUGAUGCAGGCUCAAGGCAUUCUGAUCCGGGACAACAUGAGAACCAUCGGAGCUCAGGUUUAUGAGCAGGUGGUUCGGAGUGCUUAUGCCAAGAGGAACAGCAGUGUGAAUGACUCAGAUUAUCCUCUUGACUUGAACCACAGUGAAACCUUCCUACAAACCACAACGUUUCUUCCUGAAGACUUCACCUACUUUGCAAACCAUACCUGCCCUGAGAGGCUCCCUUCCAUGAAGGGCCCAAUAGACAUAAACAUGAGUGAAAUCGCAAUGGACGACAUCCAUGAAAUCUUCUCCAAAGACCCAGCCAUCAAGCUCGGAGGUCACUGGAAGCCUUCGGAUUGCAUGCCUCGAUGGAAGGUGGCGAUCCUCAUCCCUUUCCGGAACCGCCACGAGCACCUCCCAGUCCUGCUCAGACACCUGAUUCCCAUGCUCCAGCGCCAGCGCCUGUGGUUUGCGUUUUAUGUGGUUGAACAGGUCGGCACCCAGCCUUUUAAUCGAGCCAUGCUUUUCAACGUCGGUUUUCAAGAAGCAAUGAAGGAUCUGGACUGGGACUGUCUUAUUUUUCAUGAUGUGGAUCACAUACCAGAAAGCGAUCGGAACUACUACGGAUGCGGGCAGAUGCCGAGACACUUCGCAACCAAGCUGGACAAGUAUAUGUACCUGCUUCCUUACACCGAGUUCUUUGGUGGAGUGAGCGGCUUAACGGUGGAACAGUUCCGGAAGAUCAAUGGCUUCCCAAACGCUUUCUGGGGUUGGGGCGGAGAAGAUGAUGACUUAUGGAACAGAGUACAGAACGCAGGCUACUCCGUGAGCCGGCCAGAAGGCGACACCGGGAAGUACAAAUCUAUUCCUCAUCACCAUCGAGGAGAAGUCCAGUUUCUUGGAAGGUAUGCUCUGCUGAGGAAGUCCAAAGAACGGCAAGGGCUGGACGGCCUCAACAACUUGAACUACUUUGCAAACAUCACAUACGACGCCUUGUAUAAAAACAUUACUGUCAACUUGACACCCGAGCUGGCUCAGGUGAGCGAGUACUGAGAGGAGGAGAGGAUGUAUGUGCUUUACCCGCCGCCACCCAGAAGGCAGCCUGGUGUGAUGUCUGGGGGCUCCACACAGGAAGAGAGUAGAAAUACAGUGUCUGAUGAAGGAUCACAGGGUUCGAGGGGGAAAAAAAAAUGUGAACAGUGUCCACGCACAAAACGCCUUCACUGUGGCUUGGGAACUGCCUUCAUGAGGACUGGCUUUCUAUUUUCACAAGACGACGUCUGUCCUGCUGCUCUGCUCCCCCGGUCUCCUGCCCCAGCGUCCCGUCUCAGCCAGGAUCUCUACACCCGGAACCGAGAUCCACCACGGUCCCACCGCCGAGCCCGUUCCUCCGAAUGGCCUUUGGAGCAAAGAGGCAGCCCCACCCCAGGGCAGCGCAAAUGAAACUCCACCCACCAUUCUUCUCCAUCUCUGGUGUUCUCUUCGGUUUCAUUUUUUUAAAGGAAAAAAAUAGAUAAAUAAAUUACCUGCUUUGGGUGGGGAUUGAGGGUGGGGGGGAGGGAUUGGGGAAGAUAAAUAGACAUAUAACAAUCACUUCUUGAAGAAGUAUAAUUGUAAAUAAGCCAUGUAAAAUGCCUUUUUUAAAUUUAAUUUUAUAGCUGGCUCCAAUUCGAACCGAGGAUUUCUACAUUAGCUCACUUAUUUGGUUGGCAAAUGCAGGAACUCCGUUAAAAACGCAGGGGAAGUGGAAGAAUGUCCCCUCCCAAAUUGCUGUCACUUUGGAAGGGAGAGGAUGCAGGGCAUGUCACCUACAGAACGAGCCGGUCCUGUCUGUCACUGGUAGCUAACUCCUGCCCCCUCCCAUCCUCCUCUUCCGAAAGUCUUUGCUCUUGACUUUUGCUGUGGACGCGCUCUCCCGAGUUGGGCACGCACGCCCUCAUCCAGCCACCUGCUAGACAGGAGCCCUCGGGGGCCUCCCUGUGCACACGCCCCUGGAUUUCUGGACUCUAGUGUUUAUCCUUUCAUCACUGAGAGACGUGGGGGUGCGGUGGGGUGGAUGGGUUUUCUGCCUCUUUUCUCCUCUUUUUUUUUUUCUUUGUUUUUGUUUUUUUGUUUUUGCUCUUGUGGAACUUGGCCACAAUUCCUGAAAUCUGUGCCUAAAUUACUAACUAGCUUCAGUGAUUCCUCUGAAUAUUUCCCUGUUUGGGUUUCUGGAAAGAUUGUUUGUCAACAUUAUGAACUAGUACAUAGAAAUAAUGAGCGAUGGAAUGAAGAAUUCAGCUGGGGAGCAGGUGACACUUGUGUGCCGUGGGUUAGCUAGGGUCCUGGUUAGCCCCGAUCAGAGCUUUGCAAAGCAGGCUCCAGGAUGCAAGGACCCAAGCCCAUGAGCUGUGUUCACACCCCAUGCACUUCUUGAAGUUAGAUUCCAAAUUGCCCUCGAAGUUGUGCCUCUCUGUUUUUCCCUGAGCCAAAUCCCUCAAGUUAUAGUUCCUGUUGGCUUCUGCUGGACGCCGACAAAUGCCAGUCUUCUUCCUCUCCUUUUCCAUAAAACAUAUUUAUAUAUCGUGAUUAGGAGUACUUCCUGAAAAGUACUUCAUAUUUUUUUUAAUUGCCUUGUUUGCCUUCAACUUCCUUAAUUUUCAUGGUUUACAUGAAUGUGUGUGUAGGGGGUAUAUUUGUGUAUUCGCGUGCGGGUUGGGGGUUUUCUCCGUUGCAUGUGUUGGUUCCAUGGACUUAUGACCCCCACAAGCUGUGGGAGUGAUUGGCCGGGCCUUGUUUUUUGUUCUUGCUUUUUUGUUCUUUUGAAGAAUAGAAUGGUAUAUAUAGAAAAUAGCAUUACAAAGCUCUUAUCAGCUCAUAUGAGAAGGCAGGUUGUUGCCCUUGAAAAUGCUGGUAAGUUGUAUCCUAGGUUUUAAAAGAAUGUUGAGCAUCUCAUGCUUUGAAAGACCUUCACGGGGGAACAUUACACCCAGGAGCUCACUUGGUUUUCCUUUUUGAAGUCUGGUGCAUAGAGCAAUAAAGAUUUCUCCGCCCUCCCCUCCCCCCAGGCCUGUGUGCUGGCCUUGACGCUUCUGGUCCUUCUCCUGUCCUCCUUCGUCACUGAAGGCCGUGAGCCACUUUCAGUGGGACACAACUAUAUGAUGUCAUUUGGAAGAAUUUGCUGGGAUACACCGAUCCUUGGUUAAGGACGAUGUGUGUGUACCCAGCAGUGUCGUAAAAUGGUCUCGGUCGAAGCUUUUCAUGAACAUCUUUGCCACCGAGAACAAAAUGUUGGCAAGAGGUGAAACACCUGAUUUUAAAAAGAAAAUGCUGAUUUGAGGACAAGAGGAAAGGUCUCUUUUCACUGCUUGAAGUAAGGUCACUGAAACUAUCUUUGCGAUCACAUGUGAGUUUGUUCUCUUAGUGUGAAAUCGCGUGAAAUCGCUUUACCGUGUGCUGCUGAGUCAUUUACCCACCAAGUUGGGAGUGUCGUGCGGAAAUAUAAAAGGCAAUAUACAACCAGGCCCGUGAGCUGUUAAUGGUGUCAGAGUCUCAUGUUAAAAAAAAGGAAAAAAAAAGAA